AUAACAUGCGAUCUUUAGAUUCAGAAACGAUGAGGAAUGCAGCCUUCUGAAGUGGUCAUGAACCCCAAACAAGUCUUCCUCUCCGUGCUGGUGUUUGGAGUAGCAGGACUACUCCUCUUCAUGUACUUGCAAGUCUGGAUUGAAGAACAACAUGCAGGUAAUGUAGAGAAAGAGAGAGAGAGGAGAUUCACCUCCCCAAG